AUGCCGGGAUACUACGCCAGAAUGCAUGGAGACAUCCACUUUGACUACAUGAGGCUUGGCCGAUACCACCAUCACCAAGUCCAGCUCCGAGAGCAUGGAAGCACACUUCCUCCUGCAAAAAAGAAGGCAUGGUACCAGCAAUGGGGGAUGCGUGAAACCGAGCCUGCGUUGUUCAAAAUAUCACCAGCGCUUGAUAUUGUGCUGAGUCGGCCUCCGGAUCUUGUUGUGCUUGCUUUUGCAUCGAUAGCCAAGUCGAAUGCAACCACUUGCGCAUGGAGGAUGAAGCCUGGACAGCACCAGGAUGCCGAGAAGGCAAUAUUUGAGGGCCGUAGCAUGUAUCGGGGGCUCUGCAAUGCUGCAUCUCUGGCUUCACAGAUGAAAUUAGUCCACCAAGUGUUGACAACAGCUACCGAGGAUUUCUGCAGUGUUAUAGAUUCAAUCGAGCAGUCGGUGCAACAAGAAUUCGAACUGGUUACCAGUAUGAUGGAUUUAAAAACAGCAUCAGGAUCCCUCAAUGAUUAUAUAAAAUGGCGCAGCCGGCCGAACGUCCACCAAGGAGCCCAUAUCAACGAUACAAUUGGGAGGUAUGGAAAUAGUUUCAGCUGCAAUGUUCUCCAUUGCGAGGACAAGCAUAAAUAG